CAGUGAGUGACCGCUGCGGCGGCGCGGGGCUGCGUGUGUGUCUGUGAGGGAGCUGGGACCAUGCCCGUGCCCGUCGAGGAGCCGACCGUCCACACCAGCGUGAGGCAGGCCAUCAGCUUCUUCGGCGGCGCUGCCAAACAUCCAAAGUCCCAGCUGACGGCAGUAGCUCUCCCUGAUCAGCAGCGACUACCCGCUCCCCAGGCGACCAGAGACGAUGACAGCGGAGGACGGACGACGGUCGACGUCCGCGGCGAGGCGGAGCAACUCUGGCCCGGACACGACCCCCGUGCAGACGGUGUCGGCGGCCCGGCCGGCCGGCCGAGGUUCCUCUCGCUGGACCCGGGCGACGUGUACGAGGCUUUCGACGGCCAGCGCUCCGGUCUGCUGAAACCCAGCCAGCUGGCGCACCGGCGCGCCGCGGCGCCCGCCAGGAGACCGUCGCCGCCGCCCGACUACCGGCCCACCGACUGGGCCGGACUCACCAAGAAGGCGUUCCUGUGGUCGCGGUUCAGCGACGAGGACCGCCGGCUGGUGCUGCAGACUCCGCGCGGCCGGCGCCGCAGCGUGCCCGCCGCCGAGACCCGGCACAGAGCAGACACGUUCGAGGCCGCCUUCCACAAGUUCCAGGAGCUGGGGUGUGCGCGCCCGGCGCGCGGCCGCGGCCGGCCGGCCGGCAGUCGGCCGCCGCCGCCGGCGCUGGUACCCAUCUGGCUGUCGGGAGGUCUGAGCGGAGCCGUGCGCUGGCCCGGCUCCGGCGAGAGCAGGACCUCGUCCAGCGGCACCCCCGAGGGCAGCCCGCCGCUGCGCGCCGCCGCCGGCACUCCGGACCGGCGCUCGGUGCGCAGCGAUGGCUCCGGCUCCGGCUCCGGCUGCGGCUCCGGGUCGGACCUCGUGUUUCCGGCCGAGUCCCCGGACCGGGCGGCCCACCGGCGGCUGUCGUCGCCCGGUCCCCUGGCGCGGGUCUGUCUGGUGCCGACCGGCCCGGGAUCCCACCAGGAGUCGGGCAGCGCGGCGGCGGUGGCCGUCAGCCCGGCGGCGCCGCGGCCGGCCUCCAUGCCGCCCCACCUGCCGGUCAGCAGCGCGCUGCGACACAGCGGCGCUGACGCGGCUCAGAGGAAUGCAGAGCACGCCACUCGGCCGGCUGCAGCAGACACCGAGCGGCGCGGGGAGGCCGGCGCGUCAUCAAGCGGGGAGCGGCGGGCGACGGCUGAUCGGGGGAGCGAUCAGCGAGUAUGCACACCGAUGCCAGAGUUGCACCCGAUACGACCUCAGCCUGCGCCACGGACCGUGAAGGAAAGUUUGAACCAACCAGCAGUUCCCCAGCCCUCCAGCCCGGCGCGACUCAACAAUGGAGACAUCGAGAUCGGUCUGGAGAGUGACGAGCGGCCGUCGGCCGGAGAGGAGUCAGACGGCAGAGCAGAGGACUCCGCUGCUGAGGAGGACAAACACGGAGAUGAGCCUACCGGCGAGGAGGGAGGAACGGGCGCCGAGGGCGACCGGCCGCCGCCGCCGCCCCGGCGCCGCGUCCAGGUGGAGCGGCACAACAGCGAGGUGCACCUGCGACUGAGCCGGUCCAGCGAGCAGAUGAUCCGACAGCUGGAGCGAAUCCAGUACGAACCCGGUCAGACAGACGAGGACGGCGUGGAACUGAAGAAGAAGAAGCCGAAGAGCUUCCGCAGGAAGUUGAAGGAGGUGUUGCGGCGAGCCAAGGAGGACGAGGCGCUGCUGCAGGACUUCACCGAGUACCUGGUGGUCGUGCGGCCCGACAAGAUGAUCCUGAAAAGGGUUGGGGAGGUGUCGAAGGAGGAGCCGCCGCUGAUGACGAGGGCGGCGCGGGGCCGCGGCGGCCGCCACCCGGGCCAGAGGCGGCCGCACACCACCUCAGUCGGUCCGGACGACGUGUUCUCUCCGCGGCGAACUGCUGACGACGGGCGGGGCGUCACCCCUCCACCCAGCUCCUGGUGCCACCCAGACGAGGAGGUGCCCUUCUCACCGCGCUACGGAGCGGACGGCUCCCCGGCAUCGACGGCGUCCAAAGGCGAGCCAUCUGAGGGCGGGUCACCGCCGCCCCGCGAGUCGCUGGUGGAUUUCAUCAGCCGCUACAGCCAGCGGCCGCGGCUGGAGGCACGGCGCCGCUGUCGGCAGCCGCCGCCCGCCCAGACCGUCACCGACACGGGAACGGAGGGGAGCACGACCCUCCCUCCGCCGGCUCCGCCGGGUCCUGGUCAGUCACACUCUGACAAUCUCCCGGCGCAGACUGAUGUACCAGCCUGCGGCAAUGAGACGACCCAGAGCGGCGGGAGGGACAAAUGUCACCCCAGCGCCGAGUGCACGGACCGGGACGGGGAGCGGACGCCGCCGCCGCCGCCGCCGCCGCCGCCCACCUCCAGCCCGGUGCAGUCACCCGACUCGACCCAGGCGGGGGAGCGGCCGGCCGCAGGCGGAUAUGACGUCAGUCGGUAUACAGAGAGCAUCACACCACCGGCGCAGGCCGAGGAUGGGGACGACCGUACGGCAGACGACGGGACACAGGCGCCGUCUGGAGCUGAUGAGAAAACCCAGCGAGAUGGAGGCUCUUCAGAGCCGAACCAUCCCCAGACAGAGGCCAAAACACAAUGUCCUGUAUCUGAGACGAACCGAGAUGGUCCUCUACCGGCGCCACCGUCGGCCGCCGGGCAGACACAAGUCGAGGCUCCUCCCGUCCGGCCGCCCGCACAGGCAGGUGAGCCGCUGGGAGCCCCGCUGAGCCCUCCAAACAUCACAAUCACCCGCGUCAGCCGGCCGGCGCGCCCGCCGUCCUCCCCGCCCUCUGAGGCGGCUCGGCAGGCGCUGAAGCGGCCCGGCGCCCCCGGACAGACGCUGCCACUGAAGAAGCGGCGUCUGGAGACUGCUGAGCAGAAGGCACAGCGCUGCCGGCUGCUGGAGGCGGCGAGCGACCCGCAGACGGAACAGCCGCCGCGGCGCGCCCACCACCUGGACAUGGCGCUCGUGAAGGGGUAUGAGUUCCUGUUCCAGCCGCCGAGCGAGGAGCACGCCAUUACCAGGAUCCUGAACCCGUCCUUCGAGCCGUCACUGGCCAUGGCGGCGCCGCCCCCGCCCGGAGAUAGACAGAGGCAUCCGACACAGGCGCGUCAGCAGCCGCCGGGGCAGCACCCGCAUCCACAGCAAUACCAACAUCAGCAGCCACCUAUCCAUCAGCCGCAGCCGCACCUGGUAAACCACCACCACCAUCCGCAGCCGCCCCUGCCGCAGCCGCAGCCGACCCGCCCUCAGAGAGCGCAGCCCGGCGGUCAGCAGCCGCGCGGUAAGAAGGGCGGCUCGGGACCGGCGGGGAGCCCGGGCGCGGCGGCCGUCCGCCACCCGGUCGGAACGCGGCGAGUGCCGCUGCCGGCGCCGCCGCUGGCCGCUCCGUACCCGGCGCUGCCGCUGCCGCCGCCGGCCUCCAUGAGCCCCAGCGUGCACGCGCUGUUCGAGGCGUACGAGCGGGCGGCGCGGCGGCCGCCCGAGCCCGGUGACAGGAGGGCGUUCCGACUGUACGAGCCGGCUGGGGUGGAGAGGCACCGGCCGCCGCUGCCGCCGCCGGCAGGGUAUAGCGCCGGGUGGCAGCAUCACCUGCAGCUUCAGCAGCAGCAACAGCAGCAGCAGAUGGAGCUGCACCACCAGCAGUGGCUGCAGCAGAGCCAACAGGAGCGACAAUUCUACAUGCAGAGAGAGCAGCAGCAGCAGGUGCAUCAGCAGCAGCAGCAUAUGCAACAGCACCACCUACAGCAGCUCCAGCUUCAGAAGCAGCAACAGCAGUCGCACCCGAGACAUGAUCACCAGAUGCAGCUGCACCACCAGCAGCAACAACUGCACCAUUAUCAGCAUCACUACCAGCCGGUCCACCAGCCUGUCCAACAGCCCCAGCAUGAGGCGCAGCGGCAGAGCGGCCACCAAGGACAGCCUCAGCCGCAGCAGCAGGCCCUGACACACCAACAUCAGCAGCACCAGGACCGGCCGCAGCAGCAGCAGGUUCAUCAACACCUUCAGCAGCAGCCGCAGCAGCAACCUCAGCCACCACAGCAGCCGCAGCGCCACCCCUCUGCCCAGUCCCACCCUCCGCCGCAGCCGGCGCUGCAGGGCUCAGCCUCCUCUGCCGCUCUGUCGGGCAGCUGGGGCGCCGCCGCCGCCGGCUGGUGCCCGCAGGACCCGGCGCAGGGCCGGCGGCCGGUGGGUGCCGGCGCCGACCCGGCCGUCUGCUACCCCUGUCCAGAGUACCAGGGCGCGCGCCGGCACGUCUACCCGACCCUGGGGGAGCCGUGGGCGCCGGUGGGGCCGGUCGGCUGGCCGCCGCGCCCCGGCGCCCUGUAAUGCCCCCCCCCCCGCCGACCGCCCCCGCCCGCUGCUCACAAGGACAUGCCCUUUCGCUCAAGGAGUUGUGCUCGUCGGAUGAGGUUUUGCAUCCCAGAUGUUUUAUCACUCGCCUGUGUGGUGUUACAGGCGGGAAAUGUAUUUAUUAUGGCAUGUCCUCUAUUGAGCUGAAUGAUACGCUGUUACGUCAGUGUGCGUGAAUUUUAUCCGUCCCGUAAUUACGUGUCACGUUUUAUUGUUUUUUAAGUGUGCAUCUCGAUAUAAUACACCAUUCUACUUUCGUGA